GCCAGGCCUAGUCACCAAUGCCGAUCCAUCCCAUUGAGAAGGAAAACAAUAAGAAGGAACAUCUCUUCUUUUCCCCUUGCUCACUCCAACAUCAAUCAAUCAUUAAGCAAACUUGGUCUCUAAUGGCAACACUGAAUCAGGAAGCAAUCGACACUUUCAUUAGCAUCACGGGCGCCUCAGAAUCCGUCGCCGUUCAGAAGCUCCAGGAGAAUAGUGGUGAUCUUAGUCAAGCUGUGAAUGCAUAUUACAGCGAGGGAUGUCAAAAUUCAGUACCAGUGAACAUCCCUCUAGACGAUGCAAUGGAAAUAGAUGAUGUGAUUCCGGCUCCUCUAGUGAUACCUAUAGAGGUUAGGGAUAGCACUGGGCCAUCAGAUGAUGCUCCUACUACUACUGACCAUGUCACAGAACCUGUACACGUUCAGGGUCCACCUACCCAAGGGACGGUUAUUGUUGAUGAUGUUCCAACAAGAACAAGUAGGCAAGUUACACCUGCACCCAAUAAUAAUCAAGAUUACAAUGAUAUUGAAGAAGAGAUGAUCCAAGCUGCCAUUGAGGCCUCAAAAAAGGAGUCUGAGGUGUUAAGUAAUCCUUUGCCUAUUGAGAGGCCGUCUUCGUCUCACAUGGGAGAUGGUGAUGACAUAGCAAAAGCUGUCACAAUGUCAUUGAAGUCAGGGGAGGAAGAAGUUUUGCGCAACCAAGGAGGGUUUAACGCCUCAACCUCGGAAACAGGAGCGUCUGAAACGGCUGCUGCUCAAGGACCUGAACGUACCCAAGCCCUGAAUGGAAGAUUGGCUGCACCUAGCUCACCAUUUGAGGAUCACUCUGAUGAUGAUGAUGACGAUGAUGAGGAACCUCUUGUUAGACACAGGCCAAUACGUGUGGCAUCUGGUUCUCUGGCCCAACCUGAUGCUGAUCGUUCCCGGAGCACGAGUCCUGAAGGAGAUAAUCAAGCGGACAAUGGCAAUAGAAAUAGGUUUCCUUCUGAGUGGGGAGGCAUUUCGUCUGAGGAACAUGAUGAAGCUGUCAUGCUCGAGGCAGCCAUGUUUGGUGGAAUUCCCGAAACUGGAUAUAAUCAUCUUCCAUUCUUACCUCCUCAUCAGAGGGCACCACCACGUCCACCCUCACCUUCAUUGACAGCUCAGAGGUUGAUACGCGAACAGCAGGAUGAUGAGUAUCUUGCAUCCCUGCAAGCUGACCGAGAUAGAGAACUACAAUCCGUUAGAGAUGCUGAGGCACGUCAGUUAGAGGAAGAAACUGCUAGAAAGUCUUUUCUGGAGCAAGAAAAGAAAAAACUCGAGGAGGAACAGGAGCUAGAGAGGCAACUAGAUGCAAAAGAAGCUUCUCUACCUAAGGAACCACAUGCAGACGAAGAUAAUGCUAUUACUCUUCUUGUCAGGAUGCCAGACGGAACUAGACAUGGCCGCCGAUUCCUUCGAUCCGACAAACUCCAAUCUCUGUUCGACUUCAUAGACAUAGCCAGAGUGGUGAAACCAAAGACUUACAGACUGGUGAGACCUUACCCUCGGCAUGCGUUUGGGGAUGGGGAAAGUGAGUCCACUCUGAACCAUCUUGGUUUGAGCAGCAAACAAGAAGCAUUGUUCCUUGAGCUCAUCUGAGCACAAAAUAUACUCCACCCUCCUCUUACAUUCAUCUUCUGUCUUUCAUGUUAUUUUUUCAUCUUUCUUUCUAUAAAAGAAAAACAAAUUUGUUGGGUGUUAUUAUAUUCGUACAAUCGUCGUUUUAGGAGUUUCAUUUGUACAUACGUUACAUUGCCUGCAGAAAAAAGAAG